GCAGUAGUGGCCGUCGUGAGUUGUGUUAUGCGUUCUCGUGGCCACUAGGCCACUUUUCUGGGCCAUUGAGCGAACUCGUACCAAAUGCCCUCGUAUGCCCUCGUGAUAUACUCUUCUAAAUGCCAUGCGAGGGGCGACUGGGAUCCAGGCCUGAUGCUCCAGCUCGUACGGUCUGGGUGCACACACAGAGGAUCCAGAUGACCAGUACCUAGUCGGGGAACCCAGAGGGUGUAUCGCCCAGCUGGGCUGGGGGUGAAUACACAGAGGGUGUAUUCGCCACCUGGGCUGGGGAUCUGCGACUUACAGGAAGAAGGGACCUUAUACUACCUUCACAUGCUGACGCGCAGCGGAGAUAAAUCCUGGUAGAGAGAUAGAAGCCACCUCACUGACCUCUCUGCUUUCAGGCUUUUAUCUUUAAUUCUGCCUUUUUUAACAGCACCCACUGUAAUCGAACGCACAAAGCUGACCAUCAGUUCUGUUUUCCUAACCCCCCCUCCAUGUCUUCCCUUGGGCCGUGAACACAGACAGGUCCAAGUCCGUCCAAGAUUGUAUAGUGAUCAAUUUGUUGUUCAUGAGCGUGUGAUUGGGUGUUCACCAGCAUGUGUCAAAUGUGCCACCCUCAAAUCUUGUUUUGGCACAUUACCCGUCUGACAUAACAAAGUCAUGCAGAGCCUGACACCUCUCCCACUGCAUGUUCUGGGGUGAGGGGUGGAGGGGUAAGCAAUGUGUUUCACUGGACAUAGAGAAAUAAUGUAGUUUCCUGAUUGAUCUACUGGACUUUGCAUAUGCAGCCUGGUCUGCCUACUGUCUUCGAGACUCAGUACAAUGUCCUCCUGAUACCUUCUCUGACUCCAUUCUCUGGACAUGCCCAGCUCCCUAUGCUUAAUCCUCAUCCAGUGUUAAUUCAUGCAUUUAUUGAAUCAACAAAUAUUUGCUGAGCGUCUACUAUGUGCCACACAUUGUUAUAUCUGGAUAUGCAGCAGUUCACAAAACAGCCAAAGUCCCUGUAGUCAUGGAACAUCCAAUAGUGAUCACACUAUAUUGUAUUCUCUGUUCCUGGGUCAGUCUCACCUACCAAACUUGGGAGUUCCUGGAGCACAGUGACAGGUUCUGACUCUUACCUGUAGCCCAAGGCAUGGCCUUGCUUACAGAAAACUUGCAUAUCAAUGAGUAUGUUACAGUCGCCCCAUCACCUUGGCUCACCCCAUGCCCCAUCUUCUGAUCCAAGGUAUUGGAGAAGUCACCAGAUCUCAUACCUCUUAUAACCCCUCAAAUCAAGACCCUGAGGUUCUGUAAAUCUUUUGAGGUUCCUGAAGGGUAGGAGGCAGCUCAAGCUCAUCCCUGGGGCUGGUAACUUGAACUGCAGGUCUCAGGUGACAGCAGCAGCCUCAGCAUGAAUAAUUGAAAGCCAUUCCAGCCUCCUGCCUCAGGGUUAUCCCCCGCAGCAGGCCCUGGACUCCGCCACCUGUCCUGUGCUCUGGUCCUCCAGCCCAGGUAAGCAGGGCCCUGGAUUGUGGGUUCCCAAGCACACCAGUUCAAGCCCACCACAUCACUCACCUAUUCACACCCAUCCAUACACUCUUUCAUUUUUACUCCCCGCCAUCACCAGGGGCCUUGCAAGAAGGCCGGCAAGGAGGUCAGAUCUGGAUGAGGAAGAGAAUGGUCCAGGACAUGGGAGGAGAGGCCCAUUCCCCAUAGGUCCCUGGAGAGAAGAGCUGAGUAGAGGGAAAAUGUGUGCUGUGUGUUAUGUGUAUGUACACAUUUGUGAAGGGAAUUCUGAGACAGCACAGGAGAAGAGGGGAAUACGGCGGAGAGGAGAUGGGGCUGGAGAAUUAUUAAAGAAUCAAAGACUCCUCCCAUCCUCAGGGAAGAGCAGGCAGAGGGAGAGUCCUGGGGUGGGAAAGAGGACAUCUCACUCUAACACCCUAUGGGGUAUUUUGAUUGCAUUUUACUGAGGCAGGGCACAGUGAUAGUGAAGGUGUUUUUGACUGCAAAUCUAUGCUCUUUUGCUACACAGCAGUGGUCAGAGGAGACCAGGCAGGCAGAGGGUAGGGUUGGGGGAAGAUAUCCCAGAGGUGAAUUAGUGAAAGGGGUCCUGAAGAAGGGGUGACUUCAAAGAUAAAGAGAAACAAGUCAGGGGAACAAUGUGAAGAUGGGACCAGGGGUUGGGACCGGGAAGAGGUGGUUUGGGGCUGGGUGCUGAAAGUAGACAGUAUAGAGUCCUUGAAAGUACACAGGCUUGGAAUCACACUAACCUGGAUUCAAAUCCCAGUUCUGCUCUGUGACUCUGGACAAAAGACUUAGCCUUUCUGAGCUGUGGUUUGUGAAAUAUAAGGAUAAUAAUUGCUACUGGCAAAAGCUACACAAAUAGGCAAAUUGUGGGUAUGGGAUUCCCUCCCUACCUCCCUCCACCCCAGGGCCCAGGUAGGGACCAUGUCCCCUGCCAUUGCACUGGCCUUCCUGCCACUGGUGGUAACAUUGCUGGUGCGGUACCGGCACUACUUCCGAUUGCUGGUGCGCACGGUCUUGCUGCGAAGCCUCCGAGACUGCCUGUCAGGGCUGCGGAUCGAGGAGCGGGCCUUCAGCUACGUGCUCACCCAUGCCCUGCCCGGUGACCCUGGUCACAUCCUUACCACCCUGGACCACUGGAGCAGCCGCUGCGAGUACUUGAGCCACAUGGGGCCUGUCAAAGGUCAGAUCCUGAUGCGGCUGGUGGAGGAGAAGGCCCCUGCUUGUGUGCUGGAAUUGGGAACCUACUGUGGAUACUCUACCCUGCUUAUUGCCCGAGCCCUGCCCCCUGGGGGUCGCCUUCUCACUGUGGAGCGGGACCCACGCACGGCAGCAGUGGCUGAAAAACUCAUCCGCCUGGCCGGCUUUGAUGAGCACAUGGUGGAGCUCAUCGUGGGCAGCUCAGAGGAGGUGAUCCCGUGCCUACGCACCCAGUAUCAGCUGAGUCGGGCAGACCUGGUGCUCCUGGCACACCGGCCACGAUGUUACCUGAGGGACCUGCAGCUGCUGGAGGCCCAUGCCCUACUGCCAGCAGGUGCCACCGUGCUGGCUGACCAUGUGCUCUUCCCUGGUGCACCCCGCUUCUUGCAGUAUGCUAAGAGCUGUGGCCGCUACCGCUGCCGCCUCCACCACACUGGCCUUCCAGACUUCCCUGCCAUCAAGGAUGGAAUAGCUCAGCUCACCUAUGCUGGGCCAGGCUGAGGUCCAGGCCCAGGGGUACUUACUGAUGCCCACCCCCACCCCCACCCCCACCCAAGCAGGGACCUCAAAAUCCCCUCCCUUUCCUGUUUGGGGCCUUGACACAUGCCGGGCUCAGGGCUAGGGAGUCUCUCUUCCCACCUCUGACCUCUUUCAGCCUCUACACUGACCUCAAGUGUCAAGUUCUAUCAGGCUGCUUGGUCUCACUAGGCCCCCUCUUUCCAGAGAGAACCAUGGACUGACAGCAAGAAGCCUGAGCUCCCGACCCAGCUCUGUCACUGAUUUGCUGAGUGACUCCAAGGGAAUCCCCACUUUGCUCUGAGAUUUAAUCUUCUCUCUUAACACGAAGGAAGCUGGAUGGGAGAGCUCCAGGGGCCUCCCAGUUCUCGGCCUCAGAAAGCCUCCCAUCCUCAGCCCAUGCCAUUCUGGGUGGGAUCAGAGGAAGUGGCAAUGAGUUAGACGCCCUGCAGGAAUAGCUGGAUGCAAGCUGGGCCACAGAAAAUGGCACAGAACCCUGGACCCAGGGCCAGGGAUGUCCUGGCCUUCCCUAACUCUGGUCCACCUAGCCAAUUAGGUGUGGCUGAUGU